GAGGAGGAGGAGGAGGAACAAGAGCUAAGAUGCGGAGGAAAACAACUGGGGGCACCUCCCGUAGGUACAGUGCUGGCCCCGCCCCAGUCCUGCACACCAGCGCCGGCGAGCGCUCGGCAGGAGGAGAAGGAGGAGCAGGAGGAAGAAUAA